GGCUGCUCCCCAGGCAUGUAUUUCCUCAGUGGGUGGCCCAAGCGGCUGCUGUGCCCCAUAGAAGCCCAGGAGCCUCCGCUCUAUAUUCAAGCGGACCCGCAAAGGACUUUGUUCGCCGUGUUGUCCCCGUCUCAGCUGAGCAUCUGGUACAACAGGCCCAGUGUGUUAAUUGUAAGCUACAAAGAAUCAUUGAAAGCAGCAGCACAAUUUGGACGCUACGAUCAAACUGAAUGGAGGCCUGACAGCACCAUGAUAGCUGUUUCGACUGCAAAUGGAUACAUCUUGUUUUUCUAUCUUCCGCCAGCAAGAGACAAGUAUCUUUAUGAGCCAGUUUAUCCCAAAGGAAGCCCUCAUAUGAAGGGAACGCCGCACUAUAAGGAAGAACAAUGUGCCCCAUCAUUAAAUCUUGAGAAGAAGCAAGUGCUGGAUUUGCAAGCAUCUAUAACCAGUUUACAGUCCAUGCUGGAGGAUUUACUUGUUGCUACUGCUGAUGGUCUGCUCCAUCUUAUUCACUGGGAUGGCAUGACAAAUGGGAGGAAAGCCAUAAACCUCUGUACAGUACCAUUUUCUGUGGAUCUACAUUCUUCUAGAGGUUCCUUUUUGGGAUUUGAAGAUGUACACAUAAGAGAUAUGGAAUACUGUGCUACUCUUGAUGGGUUUGCUGUUGUGUUUAAUGAUGGCAGAGUUGGUUUUAUAACACCAAUGUCAAGUGGAUUCACAGCAGAGCAGCUCCAUGGAGUUUGGGCUCAAGAUGUUUUGGAUGGAACCUGUGUGGCAGUAAACAACAAAUACAGAUUAAUGGCAUUUGGAUGUGCAAAUGGUUCAGUGCAAGUUUAUACAAUAGAUCAUUCCACAGGAGCCAUGCAGCUAUCUCAUAAACUGGAGCUAACACCUAAACAAUAUCCUGAUAUUUGGAACAAAACAGGACCUGUCAAACUAAUCAGAUGGUCUCCUGAUAGUUGUGUUGUUAUGGUGACCUGGGAAUGUGGGGGGCUUUCCCUAUGGAGUGUAUUUGGUGCCCAGCUGAUCUGUACUCUAGGAGGAGACUUUGCUCAUCGACCUGACGGUACCAAAAAAGACCCUUUAAAGAUCAGCUCUAUGAGUUGGGGAUCAGAAGGUUAUCAUCUGUGGGUGAUUGACGCAAAUAGCUCUGGGAAUUCAGUGACUGAAAGCAAGUGCCAAAAUGAAUCCCAGCAUUUCGGCAUUUUGCAAUUUCAGUUCAUCAAGAGUGCACUCACAGUUAGCCCUUGCAUAAGCAACCAGGAGCAGGUCCUCCUUCAGGGAGAAGAUCGCUUGUACUUGAACUGUGGCGAUGCAAUACAAGCUCAGAAUCCUAGAAGUUCCUCAGCACACUCUGAACAUAAGGCUCUCAGAGAAAGAGGCCAGUUUUCAGAUGGGAGCUUAGAUUCUCAGGGUUUAAGCACUUUAUUAGGGCACAGACAUUGGCAUGUUGUCCAGAUUCACAGUACCUAUUUAGAGAUCAACUGGCCAAUAAGGUUCUCAGCCAUUGAUAAGAUGGGACAGAAUGUAGCUGUAGUUGGCAAGUUUGGUUUUGCACAUUACUCUUUGAUUUCCAAAAAAUGGAAACUGUUCGGAAACAUUACGCAGGAACAAAAUAUGACUGUGACUGGUGGCUUAGCAUGGUGGAAUGAUUUCAUUGUUAUUGCAUGUUAUAACUUAAGUGACCGUCAAGAAGAGCUAAGGGUAUAUUUGCGAACAGCCAAUCUGGACAAUGCAUUUGCCCACAUCACCAAAGUGCAGGCAGAAACAUUAUUACUCAGUGUCUUUCGGGACAUAGUAAUUUUAUUCAGAGCAGACUGUUCUAUUUGCCUUUAUAGUAUUAAAAGAAAAUCUGAUGGUCCUAACCCUACAACCAGUAUUCAGGUUCUUCAGGAGGUUUCUAUGUCACGUUAUAUUCCUCAUCCUUUCCUUGUUGUGUCUGUUACUUUGACAUCAGUGAGAACAGAGACUGGCAUCAGCUUGAAAAUGCCACAGCAGGCCUGUGAAGCAGAGAGCAUUAUGUUAAACCUUGCAGGACAAUUAAUUAUGGUGCAAAGGGAUCGAUCUGGUCCGCAGAUACGAGAAAAGGAUAGUAGUCCCAACCAAAGGAAACUUCUGCCAUUUUGUGCUCCAGUUGUACUUGCCCAGUCAGUAGAAAAUGUUUGGACUACAUGCCGUUCUAACAAACAGAAACGACACUUGCUGGAGGCUCUGUGGCUCAGCUGUGGUGGAUCAGGUAUGAAAGUCUGGCUUCCUUUGUUCCCCAGGGAUCACCGCAAACCACAUUCCUUUCUGUCAAGACGGAUCAUGCUGCCUUUCCACAUUAACAUAUACCCCUUGGCUGUUCUGUUCGAAGAUGCCUUGGUUCUUGGUGCUGUCAAUGACACUGUGCUCUACGACUGUUUAUACACUCACAGCAGCGCUAUAGAACAUUUAGAGGUUCUCUUCCCUUUCUGUAUUGUUGAGAGAACAUCUCAGAUCUACCUCCAUCACAUUUUACGCCAGCUUUUGGUGAGGAACCUAGGCGAACAAGCCUUGCUCUUGGCUCACUCCUGUGCCACGUUACCGUAUUUUCCUCAUGUGCUAGAACUGAUGCUUCAUGAAGUGCUGGAAGAAGAAGCUACCUCACGGGAUCCUAUCCCCGACCCUCUACUUCCCACUGUGGCUAAAUUCAUUACAGAGUUCCCCCUCUUCCUGCAGACAGUUGUUCAUUGUGCUAGGAAGACAGAAUAUGCCCUGUGGAAUUAUCUCUUUGCUGCUGUUGGAAAUCCGAAAGAUUUGUUUGAAGAGUGCUUAAUGGCCCAGGACUUAGAUACUGCUGCGUCUUACCUUAUCAUUCUGCAGAACAUGGAAGUCCCAGCAGUCAGUAGGCAGCAUGCAACUUUGCUAUUCAAUACUGCUUUGGAGCAGGGAAAGUGGGAUCUUUGUCGGCACAUGAUCAGAUUUCUGAAAGCCAUUGGCUCUGGCGAAUCAGAGACACCUCCUCCUACACCAACUACUCAGGAACCUAGUUCAAGUGGUGGCUUUGAGUUUUUCAGACAUCGCAGCAUUAGUUUGUCCCAGUCUGGAGACAACCUUCCAGCUGGCAAGUUUAACUUGCAAAAAACCUUGAGCAUGCCGUCCGGACCACCUGGCAAAAGGUGGAGUAAAGACAGUGACUGUGCUGAGAACAUGUACAUUGACAUGAUGCUGUGGCGACACGCUCGGCGGCUUCUAGAAGAGAUCAGGCUUAAGGACCUUGGUUGCUUUGCUGCCCAACUGGGCUUUGAGCUGAUUGGCUGGUUGUGUAAGGAGCGGGCCAGGGCUGCCCGCGUGGAGGAUUUUGUCACUGCUUUGAAGAAACUGCACAAAGAUUUCCUCUGGCCAUUUCCAAUUAUUCCAGUUUGUUCCAUAAAUUCACCUCUCAAGAAUGGAAAGUACAGGACAGUAAUAGGUGAGCAACUCUUAAAGUCACAGUCUGCUGACAGCUUUUUGAACAUGGAAAUGGACACUGGCAUUCCAAAUGUGCCAAGAAGUCACAGCUGGCUUGGCACCAUCAAUUCCUCCCAAAGAGAGAUGGAUGCAGCAUCGUCCCAUGGACCUCACAUGCAAGAUGCAUUCCUCUCACCUCUACUCAAUAAAGGUGAUGAAUGCAGUAUUGGUUCAGCAACAGACUUGACAGAAUCAAGUUCUAUAGUGGAUGGAGACUGGACAAUGGUGGAUGAAAAUUUCUCCACACUGAGUUUAACUCAGUCAGAGUUGGAACAUAUCUCCUUGGAGCUUGCCAGUAAAGGGCCACACAAAUCGCAGGUUCAGUUGCGGUAUUUGCUUCAUAUUUUUAUGGAAGCAGGAUGUCUGGACUGGUGCAUUAUUAUAGGCCUUAUUCUUCGUGAAUCUUCAAUAAUUAACCAGGUUUUUAGCCUAAUGCAAUCUUCAGAGGUUGAUGGAGAGAUGUUGCAGAAUAUUAAGACCGGAUUGCAGGCAGUAGAUAGAUGGACUUCUACAGACUGCCCCGGGUAUAAGCCGUUCCUAACUAUCAUCAAACCACAACUCCAAAAGCUGAGUGAGAUAGUGGAGGAGCAAGUGCAACCAGAAGCCUUCCAGCCCGUGAAUCUGUCAAGGAUGGCCGAACAAGCCAGUCCAAGGGCAGAAGAAAACAGAAGUUCAGCUAGCCACAGUGCCAGUCCUCAAAGUGAAACCAGCAGUAGCACCACAAUUCGGCAUGAUGAGGACAUGACUGGACUGGAGGAGGAGGAAGAUCCACUCCAGGAAGGAAGUUAUGACUGCACUGUGUCCUAACAGCAUUGGAGCUCUUGGCUGAUCAUAUAAAUAAGAGCACAGCUUUAUAAUAAUGGCGUUUAAGAACAUUGCCUUUUGGAUGAAAGUGAUCAGAGCCUUCAAUAACACGUGUGUGUGUGUUUAUUGUAAUGCUGAUUUUUUUUACAUGCAUUUACUAGAGAACCUCCUUAAAUUGGUGAUUGCUUCCCAAUAAGCAGUCUUGGUUCUUUUGACUAUAAAAUUGUUAUAUGGAAAGCAACUACACUGUAGUUUGCAUAGCAAGGUAUUUUAUCUUGAAGAUUUUGUUGUUGAGACGAUUUCCCUCUGUUCCUCAAAGAUUUCCUCCUUAUGUUUUGGUUUCUUGAUCAUGCAGAAGGACAUCUAUAUCAGUACACCAAAAUC